AGCCCUUCUUUCUUGGUUGCUGUGGAACUCAGUUUCCUCGCUCUUAAACGCCCUCUCACGCAAUAGCCAUGUCAACUUGGAACGUUACUGGGGCAAAAAUGUGCAAUGUCUCAAGCCGUCACUACGAUAGCGAUCUAUCACGAUGAGCACAGUUAUAUCAAAACCCAAUAAACAGAAGUUUCUCCCGCUUCGAGAAAUUACGGUCAAUUCGCGCCCUCUCGUCAAGCGGGCCAUUCAAUUCUCAUGUGACGGCGACUUGGCAGUGACUGCGGACGACUCGGUCCAUAUUUUCAUCCCAGAGUUUCCGGACUUCUCCCGGCGCCGGGAAAGGCUAAAGGCUCGGUCAACGGAUCAGCAGGACGAGGUCGGCGCCAACAGGAACUGGCCGAUCGACCACGAAUCGUCAGAGGACGACGACGACGAGGAUGACGGUGGUCCAAGAAGUUACAACCACCAGGCCACCCGCGCACAGUACUCCGAAGGCAGCAAGCACAUGCCUGUCUCGUUUCCUCCCCUUGAUCCCCGCGUCAACCGGGAACUAUUCGCCGCCCAGAAUAUACCCUUUCCGUAUGAGGGCGCCGUCGAUGUUGAGGGCCAGGACGCCGACAGCAACGACGACUCGGACGGCUCAGAUGAUGCCUACGAUUCACAGGACGAAGAGGACCAGGGCACUGGCUUGGGGUCCAAUCGACCAUACGGCGCAGGUUACGGACCUAUCACUGGCGUUGGAAGCAGCAUGAACCACGUAGUGGGAAUCGGCUGGUCUCCGUCCGGGCUGGGGGUUAACCGCAGGCCUAUCCUUGGGGUUCUGACGGGUUCCGGAACCCUGGCCAUGUUCGGAGAUGGCAGCGAGUCUGCUAAUAUAUUACCCCGUGCCAACGAGGGCAUGCUCCAGCGUCGCGAGCUCAACUCUUGGAUCGUCCUCUGGGGCGUGGGCGAGCGAUUGAUCGUUCCGGGCCAGCAAACCGAGGUGAGCGAGUACAUCCGCGGCUUUGCAUGGGCUCGCGAAAUCGCACCUGGCCAGGCUCUGCUGGCGACGAUCAACGAUCUCAACGAGGUGGCCAUCAUCAGCGUCCAGUGUGUCUUGGUGGCGGACGAGGAUAAAGGCCAAGGCGACUCGGCAUUCCGGGCAGGGCCGCGAGAAAACGUCGUGUGGUUGGUGCGCGAGGUAUCCCGGUUCAAGGCGGAAGGGCCUCAUAAAGACACAAACCAAUUAGACCCAGACUGGGUCCCCUUUGGGACUUCGUUUGGCCUCAGAUGGGGCCCUUGGUUACACACUGGCGGCUCCCACACCUGCGUCUUGUCCUUUAUGGACCGUGGUUAUGUCGGCUUCCGGAAAGUCACGAUCAAGGACACGUGGGUCAGGGGUGAAUCUCCUAGCCUGGAAGUUGGGAGCGAGGACACUCACGGAAUUUGCGUGCAUUUGUCAACCGACGCCUUCCUCGAAUUUGAGGACGCUGUAGGCCGAAGACCAGUCCCAUCUGCUCGCUGCUUGUUGUGCUGACAAACGUC